GAUUUUAAUCCAUGACGGCGUAGUGUGUUACUAAUGGUUUUCUUUGAGAAUAUGGUCCCAGCUCUCUUCAGGUCAUUGACCAGGUCCUGCCGUGUAGUUCUGGGCUGAUCCCUCACCUUCCUCAUGAUCAUUGAUGCCCCAUGAGGUGAGAUCUUGCAUGGAGCCCCAGACCAAGGGUGAUUGACCGUCAUCUUGAACUUCUUCCAUUUUCCAAUAAUUGCGCCAACAGUUGUUACCUUCUCACCAAGCUGCUUGCCUAUUGUCCUGUAGCCCAUCCCAGCCUUGUGCAGGUCUACAAUUUUAUCCCUGAUGUCCUUACACAGCUCUCUGGUCUUGGCCAUUGUGGAGAGGUUGGAGUCUGUUUGAUUGAGUGUGUGGACAGGUGUCUUUUAUACAGGUAACGAGUUCAAACAGGUGCAGUUAAUACAGGUAAUGAGUGGAGAACAGGAGGGCUUCUUAAAGAAAAACUAACAGGUCUGUGAGAGCCAGAAUUCUUACUAGAGAGUUGCUAGUGCGCGAUGGGACAAGGACAUCCCAGCCAAACCCUCCACUAACCCGGACAAUGCUGGGCCAAUUGUGCGUCCCCUCAUGGGCCUCCCGGUCGUGGCCGGCUGCAACACAGACCGGGAUCGAACCGGAUCUGUAGUGAACUCUCAAGCUCUCAGUACCUUAGACCGCUGCGCCACUCGGGUGGCCCCAAGAUUCAACAACUGUAGUGUCAGUCAGUGUCAACGAAGUGCAAUUGGUGCUCCCAGUUCAGGAGACCAUCAUGUUCAACAGCUAAAAUUGUAUUGGAGCUGUCCAUGGCAGGUUGUUUAUUUUAUUUUAUUAUUUUACCUUUAUUUAGGCAAGUCAGUUAAGAACAAAUUCUUAUUUUCAAUGACGGCCUAGGAACAGUGGGUUAACUGCCUGUUCAGGGGCAGAACAACAGAUUUGUACCUUGUCAGCUCGGGGGUUUGAACUUGCAACCUUCCGGUUACUAGUCCAACGCUCUAACAACUAGGCUACCCUGCCGCCCCUAGGUUGGGGAGAAAUAUUUUUUUUAAAUAAAGGGGUGGGGAAAAAAGGCCAAAUUAAUUAAAGGAAUCGAUCAGUGGUCUACAGCCGGAGCACUUUACUUAGACCGCUGUGCUACAGCAGGUCAUGAUGCUCUAACAAGAACUAAGAAUUCUAUGAAUACUGAUGAGACACAGGCAUUUGUUUUAAACCUUCCCUAAACCACCAUAAAAUUGUGUUUGAGCUGUCCAUGGUGGUUUGGGAAGAAUUAUACAGUACCGGUCAAAAGUUUUAGACACACCUACACAUUCAAGGGUUUUUCUUUUAUUUUUAACUAUUUUCUACAUUGUAGAAUAAUAGUGAAGAGAUCACAACUCUGAAAUAACAUCUGGAAUCAUGUUGUAACCAAAAGAGAGUUAAACAAUUCUUCAAAGUAGCCACCCUUGGUCUUGAUGACAGCUUUGCAAACUCUUGGCAUUCUCUCAGUGGGCUUCAGUCGCUUGCAGUAGGCCUACUAGGGCGGAGGGGGUGAAAGACCAGCUGGUCGUACUUCAGGUAUGCAAUGUUGCCUCUCUUGUGCUGUUCAAUGAGUCGUGGCAGCGGAUCCUUUCUUUUAAGGCGUACCUUUUUGGAGAAGUCUUCAUUGAUGAAGAACAGAUAAGAACUGAGCUCUUUGGCCAUGCACACCAGUGGUGAGUUUGGCGUUAAAUUGAAAAAAUGCAUAAGCAGAUGAGAACCCCAUGCCCACUGUAAUAUAUGGUGGUAGAUAUUUGAUGUUAUGGGGUAGUUUUGCUUCCACUCGUCCUGUGGCCCUUGUUCAAUGGCAUCAUGAACUUUACUCAGAAUCAGGACAUUUUAGCCAAUAACCUGGUUGCCUUUGCCAGAAAGCUGAUAGUUCAAAUGGAUCUUCCAGAAAGACAAUAACCCAAAGCACACAUCAACAUCCACAAAGAUUGACCACAGAAUCUGUCUCCAAACUCAAAUCCCAUCGAAUACCUGUGGUUUGAAUUGAAGAGGGCAAUCUUUAAGCACAGAAGGAGGAUGUCAAGGAUCUGGAAAGAUCCUGUACUGAGGAAUGGUCUAAGAUCGUUCCCAAUGUGUUCUCCAAUCUCAUAAAACGUUUUAGAAAAAGUCUCAGUACCGUUAUCCUCGCAAUGUGAGGUAUUGAAGACAGGGAUGCCAAUCAUUUUGACCCCUAUAUUUUUGAGAAAGAAAAAUAUGACUUGUUAAAGAACAUCUCUUUCUCUGAGCAAUUGUAUUAGUAUAAAAUAACAUACACUUCCUAUUUUUUGCAUACAAUAUAGCUCAGUAAAUGAAUUAUGUACUGUAUUUUAUAGUCAUUUUUGCUCAUUUUUAUCAAGGGUGUCAAUAAUUUCGUACACCACUGUGUCUUCCCUCAGAUGCAUUAUGAUGCAACAAGCGCAAAACAUUUGAACAGAAAUGACAAUUAUGACAAUAACUGUUUCCAUUUGUGUGACAAAUAAUCGUUACCCCAAAUUCCAUAAUAGUCAGCCCUGCAUGCAACCAUUGGUCGAUGCUUGCAACGUCUGAGCAGGGGAGCUCGACCAUGAUGUGGUUAGCUGAUACGUCAAAUGCAUAUCCAGGUGUUGUAAGGUGUCAGCAACCUAUGAGCAGAGAAACGCACCCAUUGAGAUACAUCGAUUUCCGUCAUACCUUGUCCAGAGACUGGUUUCCUUGCCCUUUAAGCAAUGUUUAAUUGUGUAAUUUGGGUGAACUAUCCCUUUAAACCUAACCUAUGACCUGACCCAUCACUUGAUGUAUGUAUUACUGCCCCAUAGUGGCAAGAAGUGGCAUAAAAAAAUAACUAUAAAACUUCAACUAAAUAAAAACGAGUAAAUCAGAUCUGAAAAACAAUUUCAAAUAAAAAUCUUAAAAUUAAUAGAAAUAAAAAGUUAUAUAAAACCCACAAACUAUAACAUUGGUAGGAAGACAAAUACAUUUAUUUAUUUAAGAUGCUCUUUCAAGUGGUAGAGUUUCAGACGUUUUUGGAAGAUGAGCAUGGACUGGUACCACCAUUGGGGUGUCAGGACAGAGAAGAGCUUUGACUGGGCUGAGCGGGAUCUGAUCCCCCAUAGUGGUGGGAUGGCCAAGAGACCAGUGGCAGAACGGAGUCCUCAGGUGGGGUGUAGGGUUUGAGCACAGCCUGAAGGUAGGGAGGGGCACUUCCCCUUGCUGCUAUGUAGGCAAUCACCAUGGUCAUGUCGUGGAUGGGAGCUUCGACUGGAAGCCAGUGGAUUGUGCGGAGGAGCGGGGCAACAUGGGGGUCAUUCCACCUCAAAAAGCACAAGAUAGAGGAUUUCGACACCCACCAUCCCAGAUUGUUCUGAAAGCGUUUCUGUUGGAUACAGAUAAUAUUAGCUUUCCUGCAACAUUAUUUUGUUGAAAUACAAUUAGAUCUCUGAGAAAUUCAACUAAUUGAUUGCACCCUAACAAUGAGUAUAUAGUAUCAGUUCUCUGUCUGACAAGUAGCAUGUGUCAUGACUGUCCUGCUCGGCUCAGGUUACCAAUGACCACAAUCCUGCAGAGAGAUUUCAUCCCCAGCAGAGGAGAAGGGAUCUCAAGGGAUAGGAGGAUGUGGGGGUUUUAUGACCCCUCACGCCCAUGGUAAAUCUUAGGCCACAGACAAAUUCCUUUUGUCCUGUCACUAUGGAGAACCAGCCUCAGAACAUUAAACAUUAAAUAAACGAGCUUUGGAACAAUGGAUUCCGUCAGCCACAAUGGUGGUCAUGACGAUAGACGGAAUAUGAAAAUGUAUGUCAUUUUUGUUUUGUUAUUAAAGGUUCAUAGAUGACGUUAUAAGAAAACAUUGUAACGUUAAGACUUUUCCUAGUAUAUGUUUGAUGUUUAUACAUUGUACGUUGUAUGGAAAAUGUCCAAAUCAAAGAGAAUGUUUUGGUAAAGAUGAAAUGUGAAAUCAGUUGUCUAAAAUUGGAUUUGAGUAAAAUCUAGACCUCUUAACUUGGUACGCCAAGAGAAUUGCCCUAAAGGCUGUUUACGCCCACUUCUGACCCGAGGGUAUAAAACCUGUGAGUGAAGAAUUAACAGAUUAACAGACUAAGUGACCCAAGCUGUAGCCGAGGCCUAAAAAAGUCAACGAACCCAAAACUCAACCCAAGGUUGAAGACAAAGAAAUAUUUUUCUACCCAAGCUACGGAUGAGUAGCUGUGUCUAAGCGGGUGAAUUCAAGCCAGACCACCUAGCCUCCACUCUCCAUUGAAUCGGGGUAUCUACACUGUUUCAUUCCUAUGCUGUGAGCUCUGAGCUACAGAGCUGUAUGUCCUCAGAAGACCCCUUCCAGAGCAAGGGCUAGGAAACAGACCACUAAGCCAAAAGGACACUGACAUCGUGAGGACAACCAGAGAAUUGCGCCGGAGAAGUGCGUCAUUGACCAGCCUAAACGGUCCAAGCGGACCUUCCCAUCUGAGACCUCCCACACGUAAUUACAUCAUUAUAUUUUGACCCAUAAGAGCGGCAGUUUGGGGCAGGAGUUAAAAUAAGCAUAGCUGACAAAUUCACCCAAAUAUAUGUCUCUCGUGUACUUUCUCUUUUUCUCUCUCUUUUAAAUCCCCAUUUUGGGUAACACGCGCCACAGUGUUUUGGCCCGUUAUACUAAGUUCUAAUCAAUAGCCUAGAAUGUGUUUUUGUGUAUGUGUAUCUUUUAUCAUAAUUUUAGCUUUUUAGUAAAUAAAUACUCAACUAAGAUUAGUGUGGUACGAACUCAUUGGUGAGACCCGGGUCUGUGCAGAUUCCCGGAUUAUGCGGCGUUCAGAAUGAGACUGUAGAGGAAACUGAUUCAUUAGCGACUGUUGUAAAAUCGAUAUUCUGAUAUUCUUUGAGUUAAUUUGGGAAAUAGAAACUCAAUGAAACUAAUUUUCCCAUGGUGCCCCAGGUUAAUAAUUGCUUGAUUCAGUUAAUCACGCAAUUAGAAACCUUUAAUAAUUUGUUGCUCAACAGUCGUCACAUUAACUAAUACAAUGUCACGACACAUGGUUGGAGCUGCGGCUUGGAGUAUUGUUUCAUUGUCCUAUGUAAUCUCAGUGAAUUUUUUGUUUGUUGGGGGGGGUCUUUUUUUAUCAUCUAAUAGCAGGAACAGCACAAUCUAGUGGUCAGAACCUAGUAAUAUCAGGAUGUAGAAUGGGACAUAAACAACUAAAAUUACUAAUUUCCCUGAACAGGGAAAAAAAACAUACAUUUCAACAAUAAUACAUUACAUAGGAUGAAGAAACCAUACUCUAAGCCGCAGCUCCAUACUACAUGUCAGAUAGAGAACUGAUACUAUAUACUCAUUGUUGGGGUGGGAUUGGUGUGGAGUAUGGGUGGCUUUUAACCAGUACAUUUCUUCAUGUCUUACUCAAUGUUAGAAAAAAGUUUGUCCCAAGUCAAAUGAUAGGUACUGUAUUUAUUGAAUUUUAUAUGAAUCCUAUAAAUUAAAAUGUCCAAUUUGGGUGCAAUCAAUUAGCUUAAUUUCUCGGGAUUCAAUUAUAUUUCAACAAAAUAAUGUUGCAGGAAUGCUAAUCUUGUUUCUAACUACAGAAAUGAUGGUGGGUGUCAUGGCUUGCAGAAAUGACAUAGAACAACCCAUGGGAGAACUUGGGAAGGUUGAACACCUGGCGGGCUGCGGCAUUCUGGAUAAAUUGCAGGGAUUUGAUGGCACAAACAGGGAGCCCAGCCAACAGAGUUGCAGUAGUCUAGAUGGGAGAUGACAAGAGCCUGGAUUAGGAACUUCACUGCUUCCUGUGUGAGGAAGGGUCGUACUCUACUGAUGUUGUAAAGCAUGAACCUGCAGGAGAGAGUCACUGAUUUGAUGUUUGCAGAGAAUGACCGGGUGUUGUCCAGGGUCACGCCAAGGUUCUUUGCACUGUGGAGUUGUCAACCAUGAUGGAGAGGUCUUGGAGUGGGCAGGCCUUCCCCGAGAGGAAGAGCAGCUUCGUCUUGUUGAGCUUCAGGUGGUGGACCGACAUCCCAACAGAGAUGUCUGCAAGGCACACAGAGAUACACGUGAGGAGGAGGGUCCAGAGGUGCUGCUGGUGAAGGAGGAGAGGUGUGAGGAGGGUCUGGAGAACGCUGAGCGGCCCAUGGACAUGGAGGACAACCAGACUACAACUCCUCCUGAACCCACAGAGGAACCAGCUGAGCAGCACAGGACCACAUACAGUCUCACUGAGUCAGUAGACAUGGAGGAUGGGAAGCCUGACCUGCUGCUGGUCAAAGAAGAGACAAUAGAAGAUGAACCAGAGAGCAUUGACCUGCUGAGUGGACUAAAGAUGGGGGAGCAAGGUGGUUGGCAGGAGGCUAACAGAGGAGACUGGGUGGCCAUCUUGGAUUCCCAGACCCAGACGGGUGCAGCCAAGGGCUCACGGGACAACAUCACGGAGCAGGCCAGGACCAGACACGACAUAGUGGAGGUCAGUGGAUGGGACAGCGACCUCAACUCUGGGCUGGGGAACAACACUGUUAACCACAAACAGACAGUGGAACACAAAACAACAUCUGAACUUAGUCUCCAUGACAACAGAAUGGCUGAGACCAGGGUGAGGCGUAGAUUUGGUCUGCAGGGGCGAGGAGUUGUCUUUAUGGGAACAGUCACAGACUCUGCUAGCAAUGCUCCAUCCUGCUCCUAUAGUUGUGAUUCAGACAGACUGGUGGGGCCUCAGGUUAACCCCCUAACAGAUGCUGCCUUCAGCCUGCCUUCUAUAGGAUCUAUCAACUGGAACAUGGUCCCUGCGACAGCACAGACACGCCCAGGCCUUUGUCCUCCUCACACUCUCCUAAUGUCAAACCAAACCUCAGACAAUGCCAGUGCCUCAACACUAAAUAGCUACACAAGCCCAUUGACAAAUGACAGUAGUAGUGACGCUAUCAGUAGAUCUGGUGGCAAAGAGAAGCGCUUCCCGUGUUCAUUCUGUGGGAAAGCUUUCAGUUUCCGCAAACAGGUGGAGAUCCACAAGAGGAUGCACACAGGGGAGAAACCGUUCGGCUGCCAACUGUGCCGGGCCAGUUUUUCACAAUCAUCCAGCCUGAAGAGGCACCAGAGAGUCCACACAGGGGAGAAACCCUUCAGCUGUACCCAGUGUGAGAAGAGGUUCUCCCACCAGCACCAUCUGAAGGUGCACCUGAAGAUCCACACGGAGGAGAGGCCAUUUGCCUGUACGCACUGCGGGAAGAGGUUCUCAGAGAGGAGAUACCUCAGGAUACACCAGCAGCAAAUGCACACAGCCCAUGUAUAGAGUAUAGUGACAUGUGAUGUAGUACUAGUUUGUUUGUAGUUAAUUCUGUUGGUUUUGGAUGUAGUAGGGAGCUGGAUGAGGUGAACUGAGGAAAGAAUGAGUAUGAUGAGACAGAGUAGAUAUGCUGGUGGUUGGUGUGAUGGUGUCUGUAAAAAUGUUUCACUGAUUAAGACUACCAACUUUUGUCCAGUUGUUUGAUGAUAAUGUUUUAUAAUGAGAAAAUGAUUGGGUCUUAAGUUUACUUGACAUGAAGCUGUGUGUAAUGUUGAACCUUUUCCAAAGUAUUCUAAAAUUAAUUUUAACAAAACAAGGGUACCAGAUUUACAGAAAAGGUUGUGUUACCAUAGUGAGAAAAGUUAUUGUACAUGCCACGUAUCGUUUUGUACAAUAAAAGUACUGUACUUCA